AUUUUUGUUACAAAAUCGUACGUAGUCCUUUUCCGCCUUCAAAUCUCACACCAUUGUACACAAAUCAAUUCCAUCCGCCAAUAUCUCCAAACAACCUCUUUCCGCCGGCAUGAACUUCUUCAAAACUGUCUUCUCCGACGAACCCGACUCGCCGUCGCAUGAUUCCGACCAAAGCGACUCGCCACCGCAUGAUCCCGAUCAAGCCGAAUCAGAUCACGAUACAUCCACCGAAAACACCGCUUGGAGCUUCGGCGGCUUGAUCCAAACCCUAGCAUCAAAAUCCGAAUCCGUCAUCGCGAAUUACCGGCACGAUCUCGAAGAAUUCGGCUCCGGCUUGAAGAUUGAAACAUCGGUGAUCCGAGAAGCCGCCUCACGCGCUGUUAAAGACCUCCCGGCUUCCCUAGAUGUAGGCGCCUCGGUGGCUCAGGAAUCGCUCGAGACCGUUGGGCAAGCUAUCGACGACAUCGGCAGCAGCGUUUGGAAAUCGACGGCGCAGAUUAUUUCACACGGUAGGGAUUCUCUUUUAUCCCCUGAUUCUGAUUCUGAUUCGAGCAAUAACGGUAACAAGAGAAUAUUGAGGAGUAGUAGUAGUAGUCAGGGUUUGGAUUUGAAAUAUAGUAGAUUUGAUGUAUUAAUGCGUGGUCUUCAGAGUGAUGUUAAUACCUAUUUGGAGGAACCUGAGGAUUUGGAGAAUUUCAAUGAGUGGAAAUUAGGGUUUGAAUUGGAUAAUAAGGAAGAGGAGAUUGAGAAUUUGAUUAAAGAGAAUGCUGUUGUUGAUGAGAUUUAUGAGAAGGUUGUUCCUAGUAAGAUUGAUGAUGAUAGAUUCUGGAGCAGGUAUUUUUAUAAGCUGCAUAAGCUUAACCAAGCUGAGGAAGCAAGGGCUAAGCUUGUGAAGCAUGCUAUUUCUGGUGAAGAGGAGGAUUUGAGCUGGGAUUUCGAUGAUGAUGAUGAUGACGACGAUAAUAAUGAUGGAAAGGGGCCCAAAGGAAGUAACAGUGGGGUUUCUGAAUUGAAGGAGGAUAAUUCUGCUAUUGUUGCCGCUACCGUUGGUGCUAAUGUUGAGACUGUUAAGAAUUUGAAGACAGAAAAUGAUGAGAAAGGUGUGGUUGCUCCUGAAUCUAUAACUGAUGAAGGUGCUAAUGCUGUGACUGUUAAGGAUUUGAAGAUAGAAAAUGAUAAGGGUGUUGUUGCUCCUGAAUCUGUAACUGAUGAAGGUGCUAAUGUUGAGACUGUUGAGGAUUUGAAGAUGGAAAAUGAUGAGAAGGGUGUUGUAGUUCCUGAAUCUAUAACUAAUGAAGAUGAUAAGUUGGAGGUGAAGAAUAAUGACAAUGUGACAUCUAAUGUUCCAGUAACUGUGACUAUGGGUGAUCAAGAUGAAAAGUUAGAUGAGAAAAACGAGGUAUCAGAUGUGAAGACAGAUAACGAUAACGGUGGUGAAUCCUGCAAAGAUAGUGAUAUUUCAGUUGUUUCAAUUUCAAGCCAACCUUCAUUGCCUGAAGAAGAAGACAUUAGCUGGGAGGAGAUUGAAGAUGUUGAAAGUAAUGAUGAAAGAAAAGAUGAUGUUGGUGGGUCUGAAAGUAGGAUUGAUUUGCGGAAGAGGUUGAGUUCUGCAACGGCUGACCAAGAUGAUGAGGAUCUAAGUUGGGAUAUGGAAGAUGAUGAUGAUGAUGAUGAGGCUGUUAAGUCAUGACCAGAUUGUGGGUUCGUUUCCACUAUUGAUUCAAUUUAUAAACACAAAUUGCUCAUUAAGUGUAUAAUUUUUUUCCUUGUAACUGAAUGAUGUAAAUACACUCUAUUUUUUAUGUCUUAUACAAGCUCAAGGUAAGGUGAGCACCAGUUGAAAUAAAGUUCAAUUUAUAUGCUCAUGUGGACCCUUCAUCCUCUUUGAAGAAGGGUCUCUAGUCAUGUUCUGUGGCCUAUUGAGUCACAUUUAAUAUAGCAUAUUGACUAUUGAGUCGCCUUAA